AUGGCGGCUAUUACGGAUAACCAAUCGUAUCUCCUUGCCCACCGCAGCCUCCAAGGCACCCAGAUUGCGGCAGUCGCUGCGACACCAUUCUACCUAAUUCAGUCGAUUCGCACCCGCCGUUUCUCUUUGAGGGGCUUGGCCCGCUACAACUGGCUCAUCCCUCUCUUGGGUGCAGGUAUUGGUGCAGGCGCUGGCUGGACGGAGUCGAUUCAAAUAAGCGCACCUCUUCUCUCGUAUCGUACAGCUGCCAUCCGUGCCGACAACGAGCGUGUUCGCCGCGAUGAUUUCCAUCUGAUUGGUUCUGUUGUCGGCGCACUUGCUCUCCCCGCUCUGUUCCUGCGCCAUGUUGGCCUGUUCAACGGUCUACUUGGCGGUGCCGGUCUUGGCGGUGCGGUUGGCAUCCUCUCAUACUUUGGAAAGCAGUACUCUGAGGACAAGCUCAAGGAACUGCCUAUUCCAGGUACGGAGCAGAAACUCCCACUCCCAUAG